AUGGGAAAUGCAAAUGCAAAAGCCGUGGACGGUAGUGUUCCACCAUUGCCAGAACCGGCUCAGGUUGAGAAACCGAAAUUGAAGCCUUGCUGUGCUUGCCCGGAAACAAAACGAGCGCGGGAUGCUUGUAUUAUUGAAAAUGGAGAAGAAAAUUGCGGCCCGCUGAUAGAAGAACACAAGGCUUGUAUGAGGAAGAUGGGUUUUAACAUAUAA